CCUUCUUGAUUUCUCUUGUCUUGUUUUAUUCACUCUUCCCUUGCUCUUCUGGGUAGUAUUCUUUCCUUAAUUGCGUGCUGGGGAUGACGAUGAAACGAUCAAACGGUGGGCGGCGGCGUCGAACAGUCUUAGUUGGCGUUUUGGUGAAGGCAUUAUCGAAGGAUAUGGAAAAAGCACAGGCGCAGGCCGGGGUAACUACAUCCUUCAUUGAAGUUAGGUGUGGUUGCUGCAAGCUUGGCGGCGGUAACGGCGAGGCGGGCUCGAAACAUGUACGAGGCUAUGAGGUGUGUCAGUAGUCAUUAUCAGUACGCGGCGAACGAAAUGCUCAGAGACGCUCAGUAAUAAGCCUUUGAAUUGAUAAAGUUUGGGGCG